AGCUUCUGGUGGGGUCGGACAGUGGCUCCCUGAGACUGUACGACGUCAGUAAUAACAAGUCAACCGUUGACUUCGAUGACUUUGAGCAGUUGACCUCGGUCCAUGUCAACUCGAGCGAUGACCGGUGUUUGACAAGUGGCUACUCAAAGAAAGUUGCUAUAUACGACAUCACUACCGGGAAACGCUUACAGUUAUUUACAGAAAUGCAUAGUGAACCGAUAAAUGUAGCUAAAUUUUCGAACCAUAGCCCUAAUUUAUUCGUGACGUCAUCGUUUGACCGUGAUGUGAAAAUGUGGGAUUCGAGGCAGAAGCCAUUGAAGCCUUGCUAUACGGUUUCGAGCUCGAGAGGAAUUGUGAUGGUUUUAUUUUCACACGAUGAUCUUUAUUUAUUGGUUUCGGGUGUGGAUAACGAGGUGAAGCAGCUUUUAGCUGUGGACGGGAAAAUUCAGACGGAUUUUGGGAUAGUUUCGAGCGGAAGCGGUCAUAAUUACACGCGUUCUUAUUACAUGAAUGGGAGAGAUUAUAUUAUUAGUGGGAGUUGUGAAGAACCGAUAAUUCGUGUUUGUUGUGCUCAAACGGGAAGGCGGCUUCGAGACAUUUCUUUGGAGGGUAGUGGAAGGGGGAGCUCGAUUUUUGUGCAGUCGUUAAGAAGCGACCCUUUUAGACAUUUCCAUAUGGCUGUGUUGGUAGCUUAUGCUCGACCGAUGUCCAAAUACGAAAUUAUAAAGGUUAACUUACUUUCAUCAAGCCAAUCUGAUGAAGAGUAUCAAGCAGGGUUCAAUAUUUGCAAUUCAUAUGGCAAAGGUGGCUGAUAUUAUAAUGUACAAUAAUAAAUUUCUAUUGAUGUAAAUCGAGUUUUUUUUUACUGUAUAAAACAAGAAACGAAAUAUAUCGAAUCUUCGUUAUUUUUUUUAAAUGUACUAGUGUACUGAAAUAUGAAGUUAGGACCAUAUGAAUAAAUUAAGGAUGUUAUUGAUACAUAUUUCCUAACAUGGGGAAUCAUCACCUGCCAAUGCUAAUCAAGGCAGUCUUUUUGUUGG